CUAACAACACGUCCCGCCAUCAACUCAUUCACAGGGCAUUAUCGAAACGUAGAACAUGUCGUCGGGCAAACUCAUCCGCUGGGGCAUCGCGUCCGCUGGCAAAAUUAGCGAGGACUUCGUUAUUGCAUUGAGCACGCUGCCGGCCACCGAUCACAAGGUGGUCGCUGUGGCAGCACGCGCCCAAGAUCGGGCCGCAGAGUUUGCCAAGAAGCACGAGAUACCCAAUGCCUAUGGCAGCUACGAGGAGCUGGCGAAGAGCAAAGAUGUGGAUGUGGUCUAUAUCGGCGUGCUAAAUCCGCAGCACUAUGAGGUUUCCUUGCUGAUGCUGAACCAUGGCAAGCAUGUGCUCUGCGAGAAGCCGCUGGCAAUGAACAAGAAACAGGUGGAGGGCAUACUGGCUGCCGCCAAGGCAAAUAAACGUUUCUUCAUGGAGGCCGUCUGGUCACGCUUCUUUCCCUCCUAUGAACAUGUGCGCCAGCUCAUCCAGACUGGCGCCCUAGGCGAGAUCAAAGAAGUGGAGGUCAACUUUGGUUUUCCCCUGUCCAAUGUCGAUCGGCUGCAAAAACGGGAGUUGGGCGGCGGAGUCGUCUACGAUCUGGGCAUUUAUACUAUCCAAGUAUCGCAGUGGGCAUUCCAGGAGCCACCGCUGAAAAUCGAAUCAACCGGCCAGACCAAUGCCGAGGGCGUGGAUGAUGAUGUCAGCGCCACGCUCACCUACAGCGGCGGACGUACUGCACGCAUGCGAGUCUCUGGCAAGGAGCAAUUGGAUAAUAAGGCCGUCAUCAAGGGCACCAAAGGACAAGUAACGUUGAUUGACUUUUGGUCGCCUAACAAACUGAUUGACAUCGAUGGCAAGGAGAAGGAGUGGCUGCCGCCCAAGGGCAAGUACGCGACCAACUAUGGCAACUCGGAGGGCAUGCGCUACGAGGCGGAGGCAGUGCGUCAAUCCAUACUCGCUGGCGAGGUGGAGAACAAGAAUGUCACAUAUGCGGACAGCUUGCUGUUUGCCCAGAUCGAGGACACGAUUAGGAAACAGAUCGGUGUGCUAAAUAAAUAUGAUGAGGAAUAGAGCGAAUUUGCAAACAUAUAAUAUACAAAUGUAUUAAUAACUGGAAAAAACGAUUUUAACUUUUUAUGUACGCAAUUAUAAUCUAUACUCUAUCUAAA